UUGCCACUUGUCAUUAGGUAUUCCACUAACUUUCGUCAGUGUGAUUUGGCACAACCAACAUGCGGACGAUGUAAAAGAAUACGCCAAACAUGUACAGGAAGCGGAAUACAAAGAUUCAGAUUCCAUCAGUAUAAGCCAACCACGGCUCCCAUGAGCACUCCGAGUAACGAGACGACCAGACUGGCGGCAGAAUUCGUUGCUUUAACGGGAAUUAGUGAUGAGCGGUAUUCUUUUGAAAUAUAUGGACCAAGGUUCUUCAAAACCCUUCCACGACGUUUUGGCUCGCAUCCUGCUCUAGACGAUAUGUCACAUGCCGUGAUUGCCACGUUUCAAUCAGUCCGACUUCGGAAAGAGUCUAACCCAAGAGCUCUUUCUCUUUUUGGGAAGGCUUUGAGGUCUUUACAAGAAUGUUUGAACGACCCCAAGCAAUCAGCGACCUUCAAGUUGGAAUUAGUCAUUAUGGUGAUGCUAUGCCAAUUGUGGAUUGAUAACAAGGCAUCUAACAAGCAUCGUGGGGUCAUCGCCCAUCUCCUCGAAGAAACAGUCACCCAAGGCCAAAUCAUUAACUCAGACGACCUUCGUGGUUUUUGUCUACAAGGGGUAUAUGCGGCACUCUCUGAUCCAAAUGUCGAACUGGGGCCAUGGUUCUGGGACGUUGCCUUUCAAGACAUUACCAAAGCUAGACCAUACCACUAUGAGCAAGGUCUAUACUGCUUUGAACUAUGUGCCAUAGGUGAUUUGCCAGUCUUUCUUCGAGACCCAGAAAGAUAUCUAUACCAGUUGAAAUGCUACUGGAAUAUGCUUUCGACUGAACGACCAAUAAUGCGGGACCAAUACGAGAUGGCAAUACCGAUGGCUCUGGCUCCCAAUUCCAAUUUCGUUUCCAGAGUAAAAGCUAUAGAAUACGCCUCAGGGAAUGCAGUUCUUCUCAUCCAAACUGCACUUGUUGGCCCAACCAUCAAACCUUUCGGUGUUCUUCCUGACUAUAUCGAAGAGUCUCACCAAAUCUGCGAUGAAGCAAUUACCUUGGCACAGCAGUGUCAGGCCUUUCGACCAUGUGGCGCGUCAUGGGCACCAGAGUUGUUGAAGAUGGUAUGGGCUUCUCUGGACGAUGAGUAUCGGCACAAAGAACUUGAAGAGUUGAUGGAUAGGUAUGCGGAAGACGUUCAAGGAGCAGAUUAUCUGGGAGAGGCGAAGAACAUGAGGAAGAGAUUUGAUCAACUCGGUUGGAGUAACAAACAAACGUUCCUGACUGCGGCGAAGGAUGGACAAGAUGCUUCGGCGCCAUGUGUGAUACUUUGA